AUGGAGGCCGCCAAGCCCGUCCUCAGCAUGCCGUGGGUGGACCUGCAGGCAGUGCAGGCUCUAUUGCCUGUCUGGGGGCUGUUCCUGGCGGGCGUCCUGGUCGGGCAGCUGCUUCCGCGCAUCUCGAGGGCCGUCCGGUUGCCCAAGACGCUGCCAAUUAGCUCGCUGCUGACGAGGUGGUCCCAGGCGGUGCUGGUGUUCCACCUUGCGGUGAUUCUCAAGGAGGUGUGGCACCACGUCGCUCACCCGGGCACACUGCGCGGCCUGCUCCGCGCGACGGUGCAGUGGGCGUGCGGCCGCGGCUGGUCCUUCCAGUGGCCGGCGUCAAUUGGGAGCGACGGCCUGCUGGACGUGGCCAGCGACAGCAGCAGCAGCAGCGAGGGCGGCGAGCUCGCGCGCUCGGAGGGCGAGUGGUGA